AUGGAGUUGAUCAACACAACCACCUUGCCCAACAGCUUCACUGCAAAACUAGACACCUGUGACUUGCGCUGUCGGAUGAUUCUGAUAGUACUCUAUAGCGUGGUUUUGCUCGGAGGCACUGCUGGAACAGUUAUGAUGUCACGGAUGAUGUUCAAAAGGAACAGUCAGUCACUGAUUGCCAUAAUCAUCAUCAAUAUCAUAGUGCUACAUUCGAUCCUUCUGGUCACCCUUCCAUUCCGACUCAGUUAUUAUGUCUCAGUUGUCUGGGACUUUGGACCAUUUACCUGCCGACUGGUGAGCAGUAUAAUAUAUGGUCACAUGUACCUUACCUUUGUCUUUUAUGUGGCCAUUGUCAUCUUCCGACUACUUAACUAUUUUAAAAAACUCCAAAUGCAAUGCUUGCAGAAGUACCACAUGGUAGCUCUAUGCAUUUUUAUUUGGAUGGUGGGGAGCUUCAUUUUUUUGCCAAUUUUUUUUUUACAUUAUGGUAUCGAUCCAAGUCACUCACAACAACAACGAUGUUUUGAGUUCCACAAAGCUUUCAACCAUGGACAUUUCAAUGUCUUAAACUAUUCUAUGGUUGCCAUUAUGAUGACAACAGUUGUGGCCCUCUUUCUAGUACAGAUGGUGGUCAUCUAUCAAUUGAUUAAGGCUCUUUGGCCUGACAUGUGGUCCCAUCAAGAGUACAGAGCUCAAAUCAAGAGCUGCUUCUUCCUCCUAGUAAUAAUUGUCUGCUUUAUACCCCACCAUGCAUUUCGAAUAUACUUCAUUCAAAAGUAUCCAGAGAGUAACAAUUCUGAAUUAGUUCUUUAUAAUGAAAUUUGUGUUGCUUUAACUACUGUCUGUUGCUUAGAUAUGCUGUGUUUCAUAGGUGGAGUGAUUCAUUAA